AUGCGUGUCAAAAUGCUGGUCCAGGUGAACUACGGCGAACAGCAGAAGUAUGUGAAGUUGGAUCGUAUUGAAGGACUUUUUGACUUUCAUCAGUUUCACCUAAAAGUCAUUGAGAUUGCAUCAGGGACUGAAGUUGAUGAAGAAAUAUUCAGUGACCUCAUUGGACAAGGCAAUGUGGUGUUGAAUGUUUUCUCCAAUGAUCAUUUUUCAGACUCCUUCUCUUCUGAGAUGUCUGACUCCAGCAGUAGCUCAAGUGCAUCAACUGUCAUCUUAAGUGAAGUCCCUAACAAGAGACAAAGAACUGAGGAGGCAGCAUCAGCAUCUGCUAACCAGUUGAUUGAAGAUGUGCUAAAAUCCAAGUCUGGUGGUGAAGCAGUAAUACAGGAGUAUCAAGCAACAGAAACGCUUACAGAUGCCACAAGAAGACAAAUGAUAAAUAUACUGGUGGCUCACAUGAUUGAAACACAUGGGCAACUCCCCACUAAAGCAAUCAGAGAGCAGUAUGCUUUAGGCAUAGUGAUGUUGUUUCCUUCUCUGAGAGAUCCGUAUUCCAAGAAAGGCUAUGUGGAACAAGACUUCGCUCUGCUUUUUGAUGAUGAGACUUCCUCCAGACUGCUUCAGAAGUGGGACAUGUUCUUCAAACCAAAUGUAAUAAAAGAGACCAAGCGACUGGCUUCAACACCAGAGUUGACACAGUUGUUGCUGUCAGCUGAAACACCUGAAGAAAGAGGACCGAAGUGUCCAAAAAUUAGUGCAUGUGACGCUGUUAAAAGACUUGUCAUCUUUAAUAAGUCAUGCUGCAGUUUGGAGGAACAUCUCAACAACACCCAGUGGCAGCAUCCGUACCUCCUUGCUGUUGGACGUCAGAAAAGCAAGAUUGAAAGCUUCUACAUCGCCUUGGACAAGCAUCUGAUCCCGUGUCAGGCAAACCGCUCUCUAGGGGCAUUUGAUGAACUUUUCAAAGCACAUUUUGUGUUUAAUUUGUCUUAUGACAGAGCACUUGUCAACUUUUACACGUUCCUGCAGACAACAGUGUAUAACAUUGAUGUGGGGCAAAUGAAGGAGUCACCCAGAGUCAAAGACUUGAGAGCCAGAUUGCUUAACCAGACAGUAACCUUAUCUUAAUUGCAGCGCAUUGUGAUGUUGAGAGAUGCUGAUCUGUUUCAUUUGUAAGAAACAGCACCCUUGCAGUCAAAAGUUGAUUUCUCAUUUAAGAGGUGAACAUAGUUACUAUCCUGGAUCUAAGUUCAGCACGUUCAGUUGUUCUCAGCACGGUUGUAGGCAUCAGUUCGAAACAUAUGCCGGAUUUCGUAAACACCUUAAUAAUGUUCAUAGCAAUGUUCAGCAAAUUGCUCAGACUUCAACUGCUGCAUGUUCCUUAAGUGAGCCGGUUGUAAGCACAUCUCAAGCAGAUUCUUUGGAGGACCAAAUUAAUCCUCAGCACCAGUCUCCUUGUUCCAGUACUUCCUCUGGUAACAAUGAUUCCAGGCGUACUACAGAACUGUGUGAAUCAAUUGUAGUGAAAUUACAAUCAAGUGGGAUUCCAAAUAGUUUAGUGUCAUCAAUUGUCAGAGAUUUAGAGGA